AUGCUUGCAGAUAGCCAACAAGAAUUUAUUUUUGAAAACGCACCCCAACAACAAGACGAUAUGAUUAUGUCUGCCACCUCGUCCUCGUCGAGUUUCAAUUCGGUCGAGAAGGAACACUAUCAUAAACGAUCCAGGCAAUAUCAUAGAAAGGACCACCAUUUGAUGCCAUCCACAUCUACCACCACCACUACUAGUACAGCAACAACAACCACAACUACUUGUUCGCCUCAUGGCAGCAAGGAGAAAGAAGAGCAAGUUUGGCCACCGGAUGUGGAAGCUGCGUUUAUUGAAGCCCUGGAGUCUAUUCCCAAGCUUGGAAGACGAAAGAUCCUUGUCAAUGGCAAACCAUGUGGUCGCAAUGAGCUCAUUUCAGACUACAUUAAGCGUAAAACAGGCAAGAUUCGUACGAGGAAGCAAGUAUCGUCGCAUAUCCAAGUGCUGAAGAAUACAAGAAAAGGAGAGCCACAGUUCAUGCGACUCCUGACUGAUGCACCAGCAGAUACAGAGGAGGAUACACAAAAACCACAACAGCAAUCACAACAACGACCAAGCAAGUCUUCAAGACCUAAUGCAAAGCAGCCUAGCAAUAACACAGGCUCAUCACGUCGUCCAUCUCAACACCAACAAUAUACCUUUCACCAGGCAACCAACAGCAUCAUUUCACUUGGUGGGCUUACUUCAUCAGAGUCUUUUUCAUCAUGCGAUGAUUCAUCCCUCAGCAGCAGCUCUUCACCUUGUCAUGAUUAUGUCUUUGAUAUGCUGUGCGGUGGCGCUGGUAGUGCUGGCGGUGUUACUGGUACCCAUGGCAACAAUGAUUUCCUGCAAAUGAAUAGCAACACCCUUCAACAUCCGCUUUUUGGUGAUGCUUUACAAACACUUCCCACAGCUGAUAUUACAUUGGAUGAUCCACUAUCAUUUACGGAUCCUUUUAUGCUUGGUGCCGAUUUAAUGUCAACAGCCGUUGGAGCAGCAGGUGCAUCCACACAGCGAGCAACGUCACAAGUGUUUGACAGCACUCAGUUACAACAGGAACAGCAACAACAACAACAGCAACAGCAACAACAACAACAGCAACAACGGCAAUCACUGGUAGCCACAGAAGUCAAGCAGCGAUUUAAUGCUGAAAAGAUGAAAAAGGUGUCGCAAUGUGCUUCUCUGGACAAUAGCACUUUCCUCGAAAAGGAGAUGGUGGAUCAAGGAACGUUCGUCUUGUGGCCAAAGUAUAUUUGUUUCUACCUUGAAUACGUGUUACCGUAUGAUCCAACCAACACACAGGCGCAUCAUCUUGCUGUUAUGCAACACUGUUAUCCCAAUUGGCUAUCGGUCGUACCUGCAUCCAGAGUCAUUGAGAAGACUGAAUGUCGACCAUUAGCUGAUAUUGUUGCAAAGUACCCAGCUAAUAUCGUGCUGCAUGCAAAGACACACCUUGAUCUCAACCUUAACAUCCCUGAUUUUUGCUUCAACAACAAUUGUUUCUUUGAAUCUCGUGAUCGGCGGACAAUUGAAUGCACUACCACAAUCUACUCGUUUGGCAACGUUGUCCUUGAAUCCAAGGAAAUCCAGCAAGCCUUAUGUCUCAACCAGGAUCGAUACAUUUACAGCUUUGCCUAUGUCAAUCAAUUCUUUGGUGAAUUCAUGAAAGGGAUCCGGUCAUUACACACAUUCGAGGAAAUUGAUGUUGUCAUCCAAAACUUGUGUAUUGUCCAGGUCUUUGAAGAUGUGGAAAUCAAAUAUGGCCCCACUGCAGCAUUCUUUGAACAGCCUUGGGAUUUGUCUCAUCAACAACAACAACGACCACAACCAGAACAAGCAUCACCAUUACUGGUCAUGGCUUAUGAGUUUGAACGGGGACAGGGCAACAUGGACAUAUCAGCAGUAGGCGAUGUCGCCAUGAUCAACAAGCUCGGUAUUGGUCGUGCCAUGGAUUUGGAUGAUUUGUAA